CAGGGACACAAUUUUUCUGACAUUUAUUUUCAUGUUGCUGCCAAUCUUUCGCAGUCGUAGCAAACUACGAAAAGCAUCGGUUUAUCUAGCAAGUAAUAAGUGCAUAGUGAGCACAGGUAAUAAUAGGAGACUUCUGCAUAUUAUCUCACCAGUUGCUACUACUGCAGAGACCCACAAUAGACUAGUACGAGCGCCACUUUUGAUACAGAGAAGAGCUAGAAUUAUUUGUUGUACAACAAGUUCUCGCUCCCCUUCUCCCCUCACAAAUAACGUCUAAAGAUCAUGCCGUCUGACGCCGUGGUCGUUGACGUGCCUGCCUCAGUGCAGGGCAUGUCGUUGCGAGCUUUCGUGGAGAGCAAAAACCAGGAAUAUGAGCAGGUCCACCUUGCUUUCGAGAACCAAUUUUGGGGUAACAAGAUGAACCUGAAAGCAGGUGCCUUUUCGCCGGAGGAAUUGUCAACGACGAAGCAGCAGAUGGAAGCUUGGCUAGCAAACGAGGAGAAUUUAAAGUUACGGGCUACAGAUAUGUAUAGUUUUGCAAUCAAGAAGAAUAAAUGCAAACCUCUCUUAUUCAAAUCGAUCCCUUUAGUAGACCCUUUUAUCGUAGUGAAAGCAUAUGCGUACUUCUCAGCAUAACGAGCAACUUCUAAUAAGAGCCACGCUCUAUUUCAUGUCGGAGGGCAGAAAACCACAUGAAGACUCGGAGGCCGAUAUUAAAGCCUUAGAGAUCUUCAAGCGGACGUUCGAGUGCUACCAAAUGCCGCCUGCAGUUCGCGCUCUGAGGGAUCAAAUCACAGAAUUAGAGUCAUCACUAGACCAGAAACGCAAUGGACUGGCAACUGGGUAAUUUACUUUUUACAGCCACAUCUUUAGGUUGUCUAACAAACUAUGGGGUUCAAGGACGCCUUCUGUCCCUGUCGUGAAGUGCAAAUGUUCGUGAGUAGGAGUAGUAGCCUAGGCCCCGCGGAGUCGCGGCAUUGAACCAGCGCAACCCCUGCGACCCUGUGCGAGAUCCUCGCGCACCUGUGCAAGUUUUGGGUAGAACUCCGCAACCGCGGGACCGUUGAAACCGCAGAGCCCCUAAAUAAGUUGCAACGCCGUGAACAAUUUCGCUUGCCUUGGCCUCUGCUUUGGGAGCGGGUUGGCAAAUGGGCUGUUCUAUGCGCUAGCAGAUGGCGCGCUGCUAUCCAUCUCGUUGGGAUGCACGCUGUAGGCGUGCUUGCACACAGUGAGGGAAAGGGGAGGCGCCUGGCGAAGCUACCCAGAGAAGGCGGGAGAGGCGUGGCGAGUGCACAGCGAAAAAGGCGCCGGGGUGGAGGAAAGUGAGCCGUUCACGUCUUGGGGCGCAGGGUAGUGGAGCUGGGGCGGGUGCGGACAUGUUGGCGGCGUGCUUGCGUCGAUUGCAUCCGGUGGCAGGCCGGUCCGUUUUGGUAUUAGCGUGCCCGCGCGUCUUGAUCGGACAAGGACGGCAAUGGCGGCGCCGUCGUUAUCUGUCUGCUCGCUGAGUGGUUGCGGCGCUCUUCGUGUUUGUUUCUUUGCACAAACUACGGGGCCAGGGGUGGACGGGCCCGCCGCGCUUUCGCUCUUCUUAUCUCGGAGGGCCACAAGCGUCGGGCGGUUUUGGCGGGCGUGGCAAGUGGUGCGGAGUGCCUUGGCUUUGAGCGGAAUCUGAGGGGAGCUGGCUGGGACUACGGCUUGCAGUGCUUGGCACCGUGUGCGUCUUGUCUCUUGGGUUGCGCGUCUCUCCUACUAUCUUUGGCGCAUGCAGGCACGUGCUUGGCGUUGUCUGUCUCUCUUGCCCGUGCGCGCUCGCUUCCACUCUUCCUUGCGCCGCCUUGUCGGGGGUGCUGGCUUGGUAGUGCGUUGUUGCGCCUCGGGCUGCCUUGAUAUUUGCAGGGCCCUGGCUACAUACUGUGAGUGCGAAGUCUUGGGACUCUUCUUUGUUGCCUGCUCGCUGCUCUGCCAGCGCGCGCAUCGAGCGCUCUGGGAAUGGGAUGCCCUCAGAUCUUGCAAGAAGCGGAGCUUUUAUAUGUUGCGGGGUCUCGGGGCUCUUGUUGACAUUCUAGCCUCAGCAUUUCUUGGGGCGUCCUCUAUUUUGCCAACAUUAUUGAAGGUGCGUGCUCAAUGGAGAGCGAGUCGCAAUGACAAGCGUUGCGCUACGGCAGGCACUACGCAAUAAAGAGGUGGAGAGCGAGCGGAAGGCAGCUUACCAGGGAAUACGAGAAAUCGGAACGUUCAUUACCGACAAUUACGCAUCUGAUCUUAGAAAAUAUGCUCUGUAUAAUCUACAACUAGGGCGGUUUCUUGUAUUUUCGAAAAGGGGACUAUGUAUGUUCACUACGACACCCGCCAUCUUCUAAUCUACUGGGUUCCCCGAGAUCGUGAAAAAGCGCAACGAACUGGCCAAAGCAUUAGGUUACGAAGACUUCUACGAUUAUAAGGUGACACAAGCGGAAGGGUUCGGCAAAAAACGGCUUUUCGAAAUCUUGGAUGACCUAGAGGCAAAAACUCGUCCUACAAUGCAAAAAGCCAUUGCCUAUCUCAAGGAGAAGAAGGGAGAGGAUGCUUUCGAACCAUGGAACCUGGCUUUUAAUUAUGAACAAGGCGUUUACUCACGUUGAAAAACAUCUCUGAUCUCCUUAGUACUACAACAUUUGUUGAUUGACGUCACUUCUUCAGCUUUUACUUCUAUGGUUGCCCGUGAUCUGGAGCUGAUCUUUGAUUAUAUGUUUUCUAGGGCUCCGCGCUGAAUGCUCCCCCCCGCCCCCGAUCUAGGGAGACGGCGGGGGGGCCUUCGUAAGGCUAAACGAACGCCCCAAUGCUCCUAACCUACAGGACGCCAGCGCCCGCCUUUACUUAGUGGCGCUCUCCACUUGUGGCUCCCGUUUUGUGUCCUGCACCCUGUCACGCUCUGACCCCGGGCCUUUGGGUGGGACGUGAAAAAACUAUGCGUGACGUGCGUCACGCUCCAACCCCGGGCCUUAGGGUGUGACGUGUGUCACGCUCCAGCCCCGAGCGUUAGGGCGGAACAUGAAAGGACUACACACGGCGCGCGUCACGCUCCGAAGCAGAACAAUUCCGGGAGGCAUAACCUGGCGACGCGUUGCGCGCGUCACACUUCCAAGCAGAACAAGGCGGCGCGACACCGCCCACCUUUGCGCCCGCCAAGCCAUCCGCCUGGGUGGCCCUUGCUAGGGUGUUCUUGUCUAGAUGAUAAUUUUCUUGCCUGGGUCUUCUUCUCGGGCUCUGGGUGUCUUUGGCUGGUUGCGUGUUCGUGUCUGGAUGUUCUUCUUUGCUUGGAUGUUCUUGUCUGGGUGUUAUUGUCUGGAAGAUGUUGCCUGGAUGUUCUUGCUUGGGAGUUCGUGCUUGGGUGUUCGUGUCUAGAUGUUCUUGCCUGGAUGCUCGUGCGUGGGUGUUCUUGUCUGGGUGUUCUUGCUUGGAUGUUCUUGCCUGGGUGUUCUUUCCUGGGUGUUCUUGUCUGGGUUUUCUUGGCUGGAUGUUCUUGGCUGGAUGUUCUUGGCCGGGUGCUCUUGCGUGGGUGUUCUUGUCUGGAUUUUCUUGGCUGCAUGUUCUUGCUUGGGCUUGUCUGGGUGUUCUUGCUUGGAUGUUCUUGCCUGGGUGCUCGGGCCUGGAUGUGUUUGCUUGGGUGUUCUUGCCUGGGUGUUCUUGCUUGUGUGUGCUUGCUUGUGUGUCUUUCUCCUUGUCUGGUUGUCUUUGUCUGGGUGUGCUUGCUUGGGUGUUCGUGUCUUGGUGUUCUUGUCUGGAUGUUCUUGCUUGGAUGUUCGUGGCUGUAUGUUCUUGCUUGGGUGCUCGCGUCUGAUUGUUCUUGUUUGGGUGUUCUUGCUUGGAUGUUCGUGCUUGGGUGUUCUAGUCUGGGCGUUCUUGUCUGGGGCUGGGUGCCUUUGCUUGGAUCUUCGUGCCUGGGUGUCUUUGUCUGGGUGCUCUUGUCUGGAUGCUCGUGGCUGGGUGCUCGUGCCACGGCCUGAGGCUCUGAACGGGCGCGCCUUCCAUUCAUGCCAUCUGUGGAGCAAUCUAUCAGACCCCAGGCUGAGUGAGAGCAGGCUGCCCCUGCCUCCGGCGCCCGACGUCUGUCGGCGUUGCCUCCCAACGAGUUGCUGCGCACUUCUCCCUGAGCCCAAUGCCGCACGCGUAUCCCCUUGCUCUGUCCCUGGGUGCGUCCAAUGUUGCAUGCGUAUCCUCUGCUUCCCUGGGCGCGCCCGCAAGGCACCCGGCGACCUGUCACACCUUGCGCUGGCUGCGUUGGUUGCCCUUCGUUCAGUAGCUUCUGCCCGCGAGCGAGGCGCCCGCCAAGCGCCAUGCUCUGCUCUGCUUUUCCUUUGCUGCUAACGGUAGCGCCAUAUAUUCAAAACCACACGCCCGACCCGCAUGGCAUGCGGCGGGCCCACCUCACUCCCCGCCAGCUCGCGCACUCACGUCGGCUGGCGGCGUGAUGGCCUGGGCGCUCUUUGGUUGCUUGGGCUCUCAUGCUGCUCCAGUCGUCUCGGCGCAUGCUUUUCCUGGAAGUCCGUGCGAGGCACGCAAAUGCCCGGAGCUUAAUUUGCGUGACUUGAUUGUGAAGGCCGUUCUUUCGCCUAGCUAUGAAAUCGCCGCGGAGGGGCUUUGUCACCUGGUUGCUCUUGCUCCCUAAGUUGGAAAGCUGUGGAGGCUGUGGCACUGGCAGUUACGGCGAUGAGUGUCAGUCUUAGUGUGAUGGGCUUCAGUCUUAUCGUGAUUACUCUCAGUCGUAUGGUGACUAGUCGCAGACUUUCGGUGGCUAGUCUCAUUUCGGUGGCUAGUCUCAGUGUUAUUGUGACCAGCUUCAAGCCUGUGCUUAUUUUGAGUUUGACGGGCUUCGUCUCGCGGCCGCGCCCACUGUGUCUCGUCUUAGUUUUGCUGUGACUAGUCUCAGUCCCAAACGUUCUGGGCUUGGGACUCAUGGCUGGCCACGCGUUAAGAAUAAGAAAAGGGCCCUGCUUAGUGCUAGUGAGCUGGCGCCAAGCUUCGAACAGAUUGACAGCGACAAACUCAGUCAUGUCAGAGACUGAGCGCAGAAAGCCUAAGCUUAGGCCCGUCACAGUGAGCGUGAGACCAGGCGCGGCAGGUAUGAGACCAGUCGCAGCACUUUUGGGCCUCGUGCUAUUCAGAGCAAGGCAGCUGGGGCUAGUCGCAGUGAGUGGCUUGAGACUAGUCGCAGCAUUGGCUUGAGAGUAGUCGCAGCAGUUCUGAAACUAGUCGCAGCAGGUUGGAAGCUACUGGCAGUAAAUUGGGAACUAGUCACAGCAGAGCGGAAGCUGGUCGCAGUAGGUUUGAGGCUCGUCACAGUGGCCGCCACCGCUCCCGCAAAUCGGACGCAGCGAACCCGUCACAUCUUCCACAGCUUAGGAGUCGCCGGGCAGUCUGUAGGAGUUUGGCCUUUUAUUCUAGACGACCCCCACAGAAUCGCAAGAAAGAGGCCGACCCUACGACGGCCGGCCACUCCGCGUCUUUGGCUUCGCGCUUUUUGAACUGCAGGCGCAGACCGCUCCCUCUGCCCGCCAGGCAACACCCUUACCAUUUUCAAAACGGUAAGGGAGCCCGAGAGCGCAAGUUAGUUUGAGAACCACAGCCCCCGCUUCUCUCUCGUCAUUAUAUAUUUCACAGAAGACUUAGGGGGACGGCCGGUGGCUGGGCGGCUUUCUUACGGCCAUUCUUUCGCCUUGGCUUUUCUUGGCGCCCUUUUUUUGGGCUUGUUGAAUGUUGAGCUGUCUCAGCCGUGCCACGCACUCGUAGCCGCAGGCACGCCGCCCGUGCUAUGCAUGAGCCCGCUGCACCUUGUUAAUGUCAAAGAUGAAGACAGUGGCAGCACCUCAGCCAAGACAGGACAGAGCCGGACUCUUUUCCAAUCCAGCGCGCGCCGGUGGAUCUUAACGAAGGCAGGCCUCAGCAACGAAGCUGAGGGGGUGGAACUAGCAGGAAGCAAGGCGCCGCAACGGGCCCAGGCUGGAUUCUUCGGCCAAGGUAAGCGAAAAGAUAAAGAACAGGGCAGAGGCGGAGGCAACAAGAACACGAGCACCACAGGAGAAGCAGCAGCAGGCGCGCCGCCUCUGUUCUCAAGGGGUAAGAGCCAGCAGAGGAGGCCGCCACCGGUUGCAGCGACCGCAACAGGAAAGCAGGACGGACACGGAGGCGAAGUAAAAGAUAAGAUGUCGCCCAGGCCGCCUUGGGUGCGUGGCGAGCAUGUGCCAGGACCAGGAGACGCGACCCGUGUGGGCCUUCGCGCUCCUUCGCACGUUACUCCUGCUGCUUGGGAUAUCAUGGACAGAAGUGGUGGACGAACAAGAGCUGACGGGCUUGGUAGAUCGACAAAUAUCACAGGACAACUACGCCGCAGGAGUUCUCGAGAUGAGUCUGACGGCAGCGGAGUGGCCUACUCUAGGAUCUUGACCAUGUUGCGCGCGAUGACCAAUCGCACGCCGUUCCAAGUCGUGACCAAGGCGAACGGGGUGAGUGAGAGCAACACGCGGGCAAGGGAGAAGCGACGGCAAGCGGAAACAGAGGAAGAAGCAGGACAAGAGGCAGAACAAGGCGGAGAACCGGAGGAGGAGAAGCGCGCCCACAACCUGGAGAUAUCACAGCUUCAGCGAGUAGCAGGAAAAAGCAAACCAGUCGAGGAAUUCGCGGGGGGGUCUUCGACUUUCCGGGGCAGUCAAUUCGUGGCGGCUGGCGCUGCCACUGAUCGGGGGGAUGGGAGCAACCCAGCAAAAGGGGCCAGGCCUCGCGACCCCGGGCUGCCUUCGGCGGCCUUCUACCCCCGGAGGCCGCCCCCCUGAUAGGGUCUAAGACUAACACUCGGGGCGCUUGUCUGUGAGGCACACGUGGAGAACCGCAAGAGGACUCUUGCUCCGCUUUGUUUUUGAGGCUUUCGCCCCUGGGAAUCCUCACACCGCCGCGCAAAAGAGGACGCGCCGACGCCGCCAAAGCUCUUCCCAUCCACAGGAGGGGGGGCCCGUAGCCGUAAGGUGGACUGAACCAACGCCGUAGAGCUGUCCACAUUUAUCAGUCCCACCGCGUAGGGCCUUCUUGCUCUUCUUUGACGCGUCACGCAUGACGCGCCGCGCGUGAGGUGACACAUGAGGCGGCACGCGCGGCCCACGGAUCGGUCUGCAGGUGCAGUCCGUGGAUUGCUCAGCGAUCCGUGGACUGAAACUGAUCAGUGAUCCGCGGAUUGAUCACUGAUCUGCAUAUUGAUCAGCAUCAGGGGUCCGCGGGCUGCUCAGUGAUCCGUGGGCUGCUCAGUGAUCCGCGGCCUGAUCAGUGAUCGGCGGAUUGAUCGGGGACCCGUGGACUGAUCAAAGAUAGACCCACGCAUUGGCCAGUUCUCCGCGGAUUGAUCAGGGGCGCGCGGAUUGGUCAGUGAUCCCCGCACGGAUCCGCGGUUCGAUCAAAGACCCACAGAUCGAUCAAGGACUCACGGAUCGCGCAAGGAUCCACGGAUCGGCCCGGGAUCUGUGGACCGAUCGCGGGGCCGUGGAUCGAUCACAUCAAGGAUCCGCGGAUCGAUCAAAGACCCACGGAUCGACCAAAAGUCCGCGGAUCGAUCGAAGAUCUCUCCGCAGAUCGAUCAAAGGCGCCUGGAUCGCUCAAAGAUCCACGGACCACGCGCCGGCCGCCGCGUGACAUGUGAAGCCCAUCGCGAUCGCGUGAAUUAGUUGCGUGCGGCGUCACGCUUGAUUUUGAGCCCAGGCGCCUCGUCUCCUUCCCCGAAGCUCUCGGCGUCACGCGGUGGGCGUCACGCGCCACGAACAGCUCCGCGGCGUUCGUCUUUGAGUCUCACGGGGGGGCCCCCGUGGGGCCACCUUGUGACAGCCGUAGCCACCUGAGAAGCGUGACGCGCGCGGGGGUGGGGGUAUUAGCGUGACGGCGUGACGCUCUGCGGAGCGUGAUGCGCGUGGGAGCAUUAUUGAGGCGCGGGAGGCUCUGGCGUGACGCGUGAGGAGACACUGGCGUGACGUGUGACUGUGACGGCGUGACGCGGGACGCCGUGGCGCGUCAAGUAGUGCUUGGCUGAGGAUGUGGCGCCGCGGCGUGUGGCGGUGUCGCAUGUCUGUGAGGCUGGGGGUGUCGUUGUCACAUGUGACGGGGUGACAUUUGACGGCGGGAGGGUGUGGCGGGGUGUUGUCUGUGUUGUGGGUGGGGUGUCUGCGAGGGUGUUCGUUGCGGGCAUGUGUGUCGCUGCCCAUGAAUUGGCUGCCAGGCUCGCUUUGCCUCUUCAGGUGGAUUGUUUUGUUGUCGUGGUUGGGUCUAUAUCUCAUCCCUGGCCGCCACCAUGGUUGGUCUGGCGCCUUCGUUGUCGUGUCUAUCUUUGUGGUGCUGGGGUGUUUCUAUUCUGCGGGCUGGUCGAUCUCGGGCCAGGGAUUUGCCUCAGAUCAUCCCCCAGCCUUGUCGCGCUCACUCUCAAGGGUAUCAUGGUGUGCAUCAUUCGGCACGCUGAAAAGCGUGACGCGUCACGCGCGUCACGGCGCCCGCCAGAUCUUACGGGGGCCUCCCUCCUUGGAACAUAUAUGCGCUAGUAAAGACUUCAACGAGAAAAAUGAGCGUAAGUCGAACGCCGCCGCCUACUUUUGUAGUUUAUAACCUUCAAAGUCAAUCAUCGACGCCGAGCACGAUCCAAAUCCCAAAAGAGCAGGAAAAGGAAGCGAAGGAGGCAGUAUCCAAAAAACGAACAAAUACGAGUCAAGCUCUUGCACUCUCUCUGACCCGCCCCCUAAUAUAUUAUACACCACUUUUAGUAGCUGAAGGACGAGGCUUAAGUAAAAAGGCAGCCACUUUCCCCAUUUUCAUUCUUUUUGUUUGAAAAUGCCCUGAGCGGCACUCACCGCAACUCCCAUGCGUUCUCCUUGGGGCGCUCGGCCCGAGCUUCCGGAUACCCCUCGUGUGAGAACGAAGCAAAGGCAUUCUAUCUUAUCCUAUCCGGCCUCUUUCUCUCUCGAUGAGUAGAUGCGCAACUUCUCCAUUUUUUUCAUGAAAAGCUUGCCGGCAACCUCGUGAAGAAGGAGGAUCCAUAUUUUCCGUUCGAGAGAGCGGUGCUUCGAUAUGCAGAAAGCUUCGCUAAUUUGGGGAUAAGCUACGCUGGCGCCGUCUUGAAUCUAGAUCUGUUGGACCGAGAAAAGAAGUAUUCAAAUUAAGGGCUGAAAGUUGACCUCUCUAUAAGCAUGUCUCCUAUGGCCUUUUCAAGUAGGGAGGUCAUAGAUAUGCCACCUAAAUCGGUCAACUUGCAGCCCCUAAUCAAAUGGCUUCUGCCACUGGCCGCAGCCUGCUUGGGUUGCGGACGGUGGGAAGCGCUGGGUCCCUAGCGUAGCUAAUUUUACUUCACUUGCGAUUCCGUCUUCCAUUGGGAGCGGCAAAACGGCGUUGACUACUCUCAUGCACGAAGCGGGUCACGCAGCACAUUUCGCAAAUAUUAGAAUGCACUCGCCACUCUUCUCGCAAGAACGUGCGCCGACUUUUAUGUCAUAGUCAUAUUUAUAUGUGAAUACAUCUCCAGUAAACUGAGUCGACGAGUGCCCUGGAGAAAAUAACUGAGUCUCGUUCACGAUAAUUGUUCUGCUCAGUCGUCUCAUCCUUAUCAAAAUGACACGAAGUAGACACAAUUAAAAUAUUGUCAUGAUGAAGAAGCAACCAAAAACUCUACCCUCCUUCUAAGAAAGCUGUUGCUUAUGCUGAGAACCAGAGCAUGUUCCUUGACUCUCUUGUUGACGACGCCGAUUGGAAAGCGCGAUACGCAAAGGACCGAAACGACGUCAGAAUGCCUUUUGAUCUCAUCGAGGAAAGUAUUCGCGAAACCGCGCCUUUUGCUGUCUUCAUGUUAUGAGUCGAAAAUGUGGUUGUAACUGGAUCCCGAAUAGAAGAGCUGGCACAAUUUCCAAACUGAUUCCCAAGAUCAGGUCAUAGGCGUAUGAUAUGACUCUCUCAGAAACUCUUCGACAUGAAAUCUCAAUUAACCAGAUUUUUUUAGAGGCGGUUGUAAGUUACUACUUUUAUUUUCCCGACCUUGACUUUCCAUGUGUGAUAGAUGCAACUUUCGAACUUGUUGUCCCUGUUCUAAGCAAGUUACGUGGCAUGUUGGCGGUUCCGUUUUUCGAGCGAGCUCUCUAUGAGCUGCCUGCUGAGGAAGUAACCCCGGAACGGAUUCGAUCCCUUGCUGAUGAAAUCGAGGCCCAGAUAUGCGGUGGACCACAGGGACGGGCACUGCUUAGCGUCCCUCACAUACUUUACGACGGGUUUCAUGUUUAUCUUCAUUUGUGUUCUGCAUUCGGCGUAUUCGCACCAUGUAAACCGCCGUAGUUUAUCCAUGAUGAUCAUUCUGCAAUCGUGUGUAGUGCUACUGCUUCCUCGAGCUUUUUUUCCUAAAAGGCUCUUUGUUCGUUGCUUCUAGUAAUAGUCACACCUCUUCACGACGGCCUGCUUCAUACUGAGAGCGAUGAAAGCUCUUGCUACUACCACGGCUAUGUGCUGGCGGAGAUGAGCGUACAUCAAACUCGUGAGUACUUUCUGGAGAAGUGCGGGUUUCUCACAGACAAUCCAUCGAUCGGCCCCGAACUGACAGAAUCGUAUUGGCGCUGCGGAAAUUCGGAGAUGUUCUUAAACCUAGUGGAGAAGCUUACUGGAAAACCACUGGUCGCUGACGCCUGGGUUCGCGAUCUCUCUGAAGACAUGGAAACAAAGGUCACCGAAGCCAAGAAAAUUAUGAUGAAGAUGCUUUUUCUGUUCAAGAAUAGGGAUGUUAUCGCUGUUGUACAUCAAUUCGUUCUGGUGUCUCCUUCAUGAAUAAAAGCGUUAGCAGUCAACUAUCUGCUCUGCAGGCAUGUCUUCUGACAUGAUCCAUGAGCAUGGUGACGCACAUGUAGUUGCUAGUGGUGACUCGUCUCUUAGAACAUUGUGCUAAAAAACCAAAAAGAAUCACUGAAUCUCAUGCAUGGUCACACUUUGUUGAAUCGAUACGAACUUUACUGAAAAAUUUUCAUGACGAUAACGUGACUUCUUUAUUUAGUACUCAAGUGCAAGCUGUACUAGUUUGUUUGCUGUUUUUGCAACUUCUAAAACAUGCUAUGAUCGGGUACUACAGGGAGAAGAGAAGCAGAAGCAGCAGCUGCUCGAAACUCUGGAUAUGACGAUUCGUAUUGUCCAUGGUGAUGAGGUUCUGGCAGACAGCAAGGCUGAUGGCGGAAUCGAGGGCGCAGCUGCGAAAUUCGAGACCUACGUGCGAGAAAACUUCUACAAAUAGACUCUACUGCCGAUCAGAAAACCGCUACCGAUUUUGAUUGUAGUAAUUGUAAUUUUUUUCACUUUCAAUGGAUAUGUCGUAUGCAUCUGCAUGAUUCAUUCUUCUUGAGUGGUUUUUCGAUUCACUUACAGCGUGUACAAAAAUUGAGUGGAUUGUCUUGACGAGCAGGAAGACUUCAAUGAUUUCUUAAUAGGCAACUUUUUUCUCUUACGACUUCGACAUCCCUCGAAGACAUAGCAAUCGUAUUCGACGAACAGGCUCUUGAUCUGCGGAAGAGCUACACUCUCGGUUCUUGUCCUUACGGUCGACAAAGUCGAGGACAGCGUAUAGAGAACCUAGUAGAGAAUCAACAUUGGGUCGACCGGGGUAUCAAUGGAGAUUGCGUAGGAAAAUUUUUAAGAUGAUUCAGGAUCCUCGUCCCGGGCUCUGUCGAUACUGCUCUCUCUAUCGUGUGGUCUCCACCGCACUACGACUACAAUCCCCAAUAUUUUUCUGUAAUAGGAAUCGUGAUUUCGUGUUCUGGUUCUGGAGGACGAGUUUUGCACGCGCAAUGCAAUCCUUGAUGAAAUCGGUUGUACUUGUAAUACGCUUCAGUUGAGUACUCCCUCGGCUUGAUCAAUGUUCGGUGAUAUUGCGCAAAAA